UAAACUAAAGCUGCCAUGUUUUUCGUGCAGGUGUUCAGCAAGCCUGAGGAGACCCAGAUCCCAAUGUUAAGGGAUUACGUAAUUGAGAUGACAGGCAUUAGACAAAGGCAGCACAAUGAGCGACUUUCCCAAAGCUUGAGAAUAUUCGUGUCUGAUAUUCUACUGUACGCCAGUCAUGAUGGAAAAACUGGUGCGAAAGGUACCAAGUCAGUUGUUGACAACGAGUUGCAGAAACUUGAGAAGGCUCUGGAGCCAAUUGUGGGAAAGUUGUCAGCAGAUAUGGACGCCACAUUUGGGAGUGUGAGACAGAAAAUGGAGGAAGGGGCUUCAAAUGCAGCAUCAGAGGCCAGCAAUACCUGCGCAAGAUGGAGCGCUCCUGUUGUCAGCGGCGAUCUUCACCCUAACACCUACCUUGCUACAACGCGCAAAAAGGGGGUACAUGGAGAGUUUGACUUCAACGAAGACUUAGCUGAGCCCAUGUACAGGAGUAUGACAACUGUUUGGGACUGGGCUUUCAGUGGAAUGUUAUGGCAGGCCUUGGACACUCUAAAGACGGACUUGAUGACAGAGCUGAGCAAGAUCACAUCCAGCCUGGGGUCACAGUUGAGUCAAAUGGGGGUCGACUCUUUAAGAUGUGCUGAAGUGGCUACACAACUCCUAACCUCUGCAAACCACAAGCUUUUAGAAAUGGUAAGCAAACGAAAGGACUUGGUGACCAGGAAGCAGCGAAUUAUUUCCCGUAUUGUGACCCCAAACAUUCAAAACUCACUGUUCGUUACUUACUACAUGUGCGCCUCGGAGUCGGGCCCUGGAUCGUUCGAGCAAUGCAAGACGCACAUGUCAAAGGGCAUCGAAAGGGAAAGACACUCCAUGUUUAACAAGGCCACAGAAAACAUCAUGCAAGAGUUACUGGCCUUGCAGCAAGAAGUCAUAGCGCAUGUGAAGGAUGUCUGUGAUGUACUCCUACAGGACAUCAGGGCUGCGUAUGAACCCUUGUAUGCUCACUCCAUACAGAUCAGAGCAGCAUUCCUGAACUGCAUUUCAAAGAUUGCAAAGAGGUUGGAAGAGAUUGGCUUUGAAAGCCAUGACUAUCCAGUUUCAAAGAUUGCAAAGAGGUUGGAAGAGAUUGGCUUUGAAAGCCAUGACUAUCCAAACGCUGACGAAGGACUUGCCUUGCAUGGUAACAACCCAGAUAACAGCGCUGACAUGAUCCUGGAAUGA